UGUUAUUAGUAUUCUCAAUAGUGUCAUUCACUUUAUUUCACUCCCAGACUCCUUCUCCAAUCUCACAAUAGCCAGAUGAGUUCUUUGAAUUUGAAUAAUAACCAGCAAAGAAAAGUGACUUUGCUGACCGGAGAAUCGUCACAUGGAGAAGGACUCUGUGAACCAAUUCAUGUUCUUCAGAAUAAUUCUGAGGAAAAUGAUGAUGAUGUCAUAGAAUGUUCGCCAAGAGCUUUUGCUGAGGCAGUGGCCAAUGCUAGAAGGAAUCGUAUGAUGAAUGAAGUUGACUCAAAUAGAGAAAAUAAUAGGAUCUCAAACUUUUUUCAGCCCGAUGGUCGCAUUAUCCAACCAAAUGAUGAAAUUAUUUAUAUAAAUUUUGACCCCGUUGCAAAUGAGUUAGCUGAAAAAGAGAAGGAAGCUGCAAAAAUCAAGAAAAAAGAACUCGAAACUCCAAAAGUGUCUAGCUAUAAAUGUCCAAUAUGUAUGGAUCCUAUUCAAGAGGAAAUGUCCACAAAGUGUGGCCAUAUUUUUUGCAAGGUCUGCAUAAAACAUGCAAUAAAAACACAAGGGAAAUGUCCUGCAUGUAGGAAAGCAGUUACUUUGAGACAACUAAUGAGGGUGUUUCUUCCAUCUCCCAAAUGAAGGAUUAUCGAAGCUUUCUUAACGACAAUUGGGACUAAAUAAUACUUUAUUCUGCUAUACUUAGAAGAUUGUCGAGUGAUUUGUUAUUUCUAAGGAUGUUUUUCAGAUGAACCUUUUUUCGUUAUUCAUUUUUCUUAUCAUUAAUGAGAGAUGUUUGUUGGGUA